AUGAACAGAAAGAAGCUGGGCGAACAGAAAGAAGCCAGACAGCUGGACGAACAGAAAGAAGCCGGACAGAUGGACGGACAGAAAGAAGACGGACAGAUGGACAAAGUGCAAGAAGUCAGAAAGAUGAGCGGACGGAAAGAAGAUGGACGGAUGGACAAACCGAAAGAAGAUGGACAGCUGGAUGAACUAAAAGAAGCAGGAGAGAUGAACAGACAGAAAGAAAACGGACAUAUAGAACCCGGACAGAUGGAUGAAGAGAAAGAACCUGGACAGAUGAACGAAGAGAAAGAAGUCAGACAGAUGAGCAGACAGAAAGAAGCCGGGCAAAUUGACGAACAAAAAGAACCUGGACAGAUAGUUGAACAGAAAGAAGACGGACAGAUUACCCAACAGAAAAUAAUCAGACAGAUUGACGAACAGAAAAGAACAAAACAAAUGCAUGAACAGAAAGAAGCCAGACAGAUGAAUGAACAGAAAGAAGCCGGACAGAUAAAUGAACAUAAAGAAGCCGGACAGAUAAAUGAACAGAAAGAAGCCAGACAGAUAAGUGAACAGAAAAAAGCCAGACAGAUAAGUUAA